CCGCCGGCUCCCAGGAUUUUCUGGCUCUCCUUUCCCAUAAACCUUUGGGCCCAAACCAGCCUUGGUCUCUGGGUCCCUUCCCGGUGUGCACAAGGUUCUUGGACUCUGCGCCGCGAGUUGGUCGCGUCCCGGGAAGAAAUCAGCGCCGGUUGAGGGUGGGAGGGCCCAGCCGACUUUACCGGAGCGGGGCUGGAACUGGCAGGGAGGGCGGGGGUGACACCGGGAGACGCUUGAGUUUCAAAGAAGGACCCUGAGGAGGGAGAAGGAAAGAAUUGUUGCGUAUUUAGAAAUCGAGAUUCAGACUUUAAAGGUGACUUACAUAAUUCGCGUUCAUUCACGGGAGAAUCUUGACAGUGAAUGUGUCUCUGUGCUGCCGCCACAGGAUGUUCAAGAGCUGCUCUGGCUUUCCUGGACUCUGCGCUUCUCCACUAAAAGAAGCCCAUGGAGCAUUAAUUAGUUCUUGCAGUUCUAGAACCAUGACUGAUGGCUUGGUGACUUUCAGGGAUGUGGCCAUUGACUUCUCUCAGGAGGAGUGGGAGUGCCUGGACCCAGCUCAGAGGGAUUUGUACGUGGAUGUGAUGUUGGAGAACUAUAGGAACUUGGUCUCACUGGAUCUGGAGUCAACAUAUGAAACCAAAAAUACAUUUUUGGGAAAGGACAUUUUUGAAAUAAAUUUUUCCCAGUGGGAGAUAAAGGAAGGAAAGAAAACCCUUGGCCUUGAGGCAUCUGUUUUCAAAAAUAAUUGGAAGUGCAAAAGCAAAUUUGAGGAACUACAGGGACAUCAAGAGGAAUACUUCAGUCAAAUGAUAAUUGGCUAUGAAGAAAUGCCCACUUAUAGAAAAAAUAAAUCUCUUACUACGCACCAAAGAAUUUAUAAUCCACAGAAACCCUAUGUUUGUAAGGAAUGUGGAAAGGUUUGUAGUCAUGGUUCAAAACUUGUUCAACAUGAGAGAACUCAUACAGCUGAAAAACACUUUGAAUGUAAAGAAUGUGGGAAGGACUUUUUUAGUGCCUAUCAACUCACUGUGCACCAGAGAUUUCAUACUGGUGAGAAACCCUACAGAUGUAAGGAAUGUGGGAAGACCUUUAGUUGGGGAUCAAGUCUUGUUAAACAUGAGAGAAUCCAUACUGGUGAGAAACCCUAUGAAUGUAAAGAAUGUGGGAAGGCUUUUAGUCGUGGCUAUCACCUCACUCAACAUCAGAAAAUUCAUAUUGGUGUGAAAUCUUAUGAAUGUAAAGAAUGUGGGAAGGCCUUUUUUUGGGGCUCAAGCCUUGCUAAACAUGAGAUAAUUCAUUCAGGUGAGAAACCUUAUAAAUGUAAAGAAUGUGGGAAGGCCUUCAGUCGUGGCUAUCAACUUACUCAGCAUCAGAAAAUCCAUACCGGGAAGAAACCUUAUGAAUGUAAAAUAUGUGGAAAGGCUUUUUGUUGGGGCUAUCAACUUACUCGACACCACAUAUUUCAUACUGGCAAGAAGCCCUACGAAUGUAAGGAAUGUGGGAAGACCUUUAACUGUGGCUCAAGUCUUGUUCAGCAUGAAAGAAUUCAUACUGGUGAGAAACCCUAUGAAUGUAAAGAAUGUGGAAAGGCCUUUAGUCGUGGCUAUCACCUUACUCAACAUCAGAAAAUCCAUACUGGUGAGAAACCUUUUGAAUGUAAGGAAUGUGGGAAAGCCUUCAGUUGGGGUUCAAGCCUUGUUAAACAUGAAAGAGUCCAUACUGGUGAGAAAUCCUAUGAUUGUAAAGAAUGUGGGAAGGCCUUCGGCAGUGGGUAUCAACUUACUCGACAUCAGAUAUUUCAUACUGGUGAGAAGCCAUAUGAAUGUAAGAAAUGUGGGAAGGCUUUUAAUUGUGGCUCAAGUCUUGCUCAACAUGAGAGAAUUCAUACUGGUGAGAAACCCUAUGAAUGUAAAGAAUGUGGAAAAGCUUUUAGUCGUGGCUAUCACCUUACUCAACAUCAGAAAAUCCAUACCGGUGAGAAACCUUUUAAAUGUAAGGAAUGUGGGAAAGCCUUCAGUUGGGGUUCAAGCCUUGUUAAACAUGAAAGAGCCCACACAGGUGAGAAAUCCUAUGAUUGUAAAGAAUGUGGGAAGGCUUUUAGUAAUGGCUGUCAACUUAGUGUUCACCAGAGAUUUCAUACUGGUGAAAAGCCUUAUCAAUAUAAGGAAUUUGGGGAGACUUUUACUCGUGGCUCGAGCCUUGUUCAGCAUGAGAGAACUAGUAGUAGUGAUAAAUCCUAUAAAUAUAAAGGCUGUGGGGAAGCCUUCAUUUGGACAUCUUACUCAAAUGAGUCAGUUGAUACUGGUGAAACCUUAUGAUUGAAGAGAUGUGAACAUUUUUUUUUCCUGCAUACGGACAGCUUACUCAACAAGAAGAGAAAUCUUGAGAAACCUAAUGAAUGUAGGGAAUGUGCAAAAGCCUUACCUGUGUAUGGACAAUUUACUUGAUACCAGAGAAUUCAUACUAGUUAGAAAUAUUUUGAACAUAAGGAAUAUGAAAAAGCCUUUAGAUUUCUGCAUGAUCUUAUUGAACAUCAAUUUAUACUUACGUGAAGUCAUUUAAAUGAAAGGAAUAAGUGAAGAUCUUUACAGCACAAAGUCUGGUAAACAUUGGAGAAUUUAUACUCAUUAGAAACACUUUAGGGAAUGUGGGAAGAACCUACAUUUAAUUCCGUUCUUGCUCUGCACAUCAGAGAACUCAUACUGCUGUAAAGUCCUAUGAAUUUAAGGAAUGUGAGAAGGCUUGUAGAUGUGGUAAACAUCUUAGAAUACAUCUUAGAGAACAUCUUAGAGAAUUCAUCCAAACGAGAAACCCUUUGGAUCAGAAUAUAGGAAUGCCUUUAGACAAGUGCUACUCGAACUUGUCUAGACACUAGUGCCAGUCCCUAAAAUUGUUACCUGUCCAUCAUAAGAUAAAGGCAGAAAAUGAGAGUAAAUGUUUGUAAACUUUUAGAGCAAUUUGUUAUUGCCAUAACAUUAUUAUUAUAUUUUAUAAAAGUAUCAAUCAGUCAUGAUAGGAAUGAUUGGAAAUUAAAAACAAAAGUUUACCCUUCCCCAUAAAUAAUUUGAGACACCAUUCACACUUUUAAAUGCAUGAGGCAAGUCAUGAUAUGAUUUAAUUAGAAUAAGAAAUCCUUCACUUGUCACCUCUCUAAUUAGAAUAGCAGAAUAUUCAUACUAUAGGAAGAUUGGCUAAUGUGGAAAUCACAACUUCCUCCUGCCCAUCAAAGCGUAGAGAAUUUAUACCAAGUAUGUUCAUUUAAUAAAUGUGUAGAAUCCUUCUAACACUAUUCAAUCUUUGUUAAACUUCAGCAAAUUCAUCGCAGAGACUUACUGUUAAUGUAACAAAGGUAGGAAGCUCCUUAUCCAUGGCACAAACUAUACUUGCUGUCAUCACCAUUUCACCUCCUUUCUUCAUGUGGAAUGUUGGGCAAAAUGCUUAUCUCCUCUGGGCAUCAUCUUUAAAAUGCUGGUGAUGGUGAUUGAUAAUGCUAUUGUUGAGACUGAAAGGAUUUAGUAUGCAUCAGGUCCUUGGAAGAGUAUCUGGUAUGUAGCCUAUGCUCAAUACAUAUUAGCUAUUGUUCUUAUUAUUACUACUAGUGAAUUCUUAGGAGAGGAACGCCCAUUUGUAUAAUGAGUUUAGAAAAGCUUUUUAUAACCAGUCAUUCAUUUGAAUUUCAGAUAAUUCAUUCUGGAUACAUUUUGGUAAAACAUAAAGAACUUGAGAGGGUUUUAAUUCAGAAUUAAUCCCUUAAGCUGCAUGAAAUAUUAAGGCUGAAAAGAAGUGUGGACUUAGCAAGUGUUAAGAUGUUGGGAGUAUAUCUGUUAAAGAACCAGGGAGAGGUGUGAAGCAGUUUGCCUGUAAUGAAUUCCAACGGACAGGUAGGCCAUAAUUAAAAUUCUCUGUUCACAUUUCAAGAUAAAUUAAAAAUUUUAAAGAACAAAAAAGAAAAUAUCCAUUUGGGGAUUCUUUCCUAAAAUUUUGUUAUGACAAUUUUUAGACAUUGAGAAAAGUUUAAAGAAUAGUAUAAUGAGUAUACUAUCUAGAAUCAAUCAUUGUUAACAUUUGGCCAUAUUCACUUUCUCUCUGAACAUACAUGUAUGCAUGUGUAUAUAUACUCAUGUACCAUUUGACUUAAGGUGUAGAAAUCACAGUUGUUAAUUCCUGAAUACAUUAGCAUGCACCUCUUAAGAAGAAAAAUCUUAUUUAAUACCAUGGUCACACAAGAAAAUUAUCAACAAUUCUGCAAUAUUCUUUUAUAUUCACUCCUAUUUCUCAGUGCUCCCAAGACUCUAUCCCAUUGCUGUUUAUUUUCUAACCAGCAUCUUUUCUAUAUUUAUGCAUUGCAUUUGGUUGCCAUUCUCUAGAUUUUAGGCUUGAACAGACUUUUCGAAUAGUUCAGGAAAGCUUUUUGUAGAAUGCCAUACAUUCUAGGUUUCUUCCCCCAUGGUGAAAUUUAAUUUGUGCCUCUAUCCUUCAUAUCUUUUAUAAUGUCCAGUUAGAGCUAGAGGCUUAAACAUUUUUUGCCAGAACACUUCAUAGGUGGUCAUGUGCACUUCAUAUUGCAACACAUCAGGAGCACAUAAUAUCUACUUGCUCACUAUCUCCAAUGCUAAAUUUGAUCACUUGAUUAAGAUGGUGACUUUUAGAGCUCUCUAAUUUAGAGAUCCAUUAUGCAACUAGUGAGAUUGAUGAACCUUGGUCAGCUAUUUUUGGACAUGUAUAAUUGUGUAUAUGUGUAAGUUAUAGAUUAAAGAGAAAGAACAAUUAUAGAGAAAGAAUGAUAAUGAAAUGAUUGUGUAUUGGACCUUGUAGGAUGUAGCCGAAGCUCUACUCAGUGGAAGACUAUGACCCAGAGGGAGAGCCAGAACUAUGCCUUGUUUUCCCCAGUUAUCUCCAUGGUCCCUGUCACAAUGAACUAUGAAACCGGCGGGGAGGUGGGGGGAAGCCCUAAAUCAAGAGUCAAAAGCAAUUAUUACAACUAAAAUUUGAGACUAAUGGUUAAGAAUUUAAAGCAGUAGCCUUCAGUCAAUAUUUUUCUGUGAAAAGUCCUUUUACGUCAAUGAGACUUUGGUAAACCUGAACAAGGAAAAAUCAAGAAAGAUGGCAACAUUAUAGAAUUAUGAAUAAGAAAGGAAAUGUAGUUAUACAUAGGGAAGGAAAUUUUUUAAAUUUAAGGUAUUACAAUAUAUUUAAAAAUAUUUGGGCCAAUAAAAGUUUGAAAUUUUUGGUCCAAGAGCUUCCUUUUAUAAAUAGCACUUGGAAAUCUUUAGCCCAUUAGGGAAAAAUUUCAAGGUGAAAGUAAUUACAAAAUGUUUUACCAGCUCAUCUUAACUGGAUGGCGUAAAUCUAGGCCCAAAACUGAAUGCAGAUAGCUUCUGAACUUAGGUAAAUAUAAAAAUUCUAAUGAGAACAUCAGCAAACAAUUCAAAUAUAAGAAUCGUGCAAUAGAAAUAACCCCUAUGGAAUAUCCAGAUUCAAACUCUUCUGGUUUAAAUAUAAAUAUAGACUGACAGUAAAAUUGAAUUGGCAUAUAUAAUUCAUUCCCAUAGUUUAUUUUAGACAUAUGGCUUUUAGAGUAGGAAAUCACAUAUAUACACUAAGAUUUAAUCAAUUCUAAAAAAAGACUUGAUAUUUGGAUUCUCACGAUCACUUUCAACCAGGUAGCUGUCAAGAUUUAGUGCCAGCAUCAAAACAUUAGUUACAAUGAAAUAAGAAUGUUUAUAUAUUCACAGUUAGAAUUCAGCACUUUAAAAAUUAUUCAUCUUCAAAAGUGUCAGUUCCAUCGAAACCUGUAUUAACAAAUAUCUGGUUCAUCUCAGUCAUUGUUUUAAUCAGUAUGUCACCUCUUUUGUCCAUUUUGUGCAGAUAGGCCACCCGUAUUACUGUUCAGUUAUUCACUAUUUAGUGACUGAGAGCAUUGUUUCACACUGUUGCAAUUUUAAUAAUCAACUGUAACAAAGCAGAGUACUUUGAAUGUUUUAAUAAAAUAAAGCAUUGCUAAUCAGACUUUCCUCCUGGGUACCAUAUUUGAAUGUUAACUAGGAGAUAAGGAGAUAGUGCCUUAUACCAGCAUUUCCGAAAUCAUGUCUCAGAAGUAACUGGUGCUUAAUAGUACUUAAAAAAUGAGAGAAUCUUUGGUUAUAGGAACUUAUGAAGUAGCAUCUGCUAAAUUCCCACAAUAACCAGAAGCACCUUACCAGCUUAUCAAAAGACUAUUCUAUUGGAGAAAAUUGUUCAACUUUGUUUAAACUGGUGUAUCUCAAACUUUUCCAACUUAGAGAUGCGAGACUGCAUUGGGAAAUGCUGUCAUAACUGAAAGAGACUAAAGUUGGACAUUUUAGUCACCAAGUCUGGUUGUUAGCUACAAUGGAAUGGCAGUGCAUCAUGCUUUCAAAUUGUUGCCUUCUAAUGUCUCCUGUUAUUUAUGAGUAAAAGUCUUUGUUGCGUCUUAAGUUGAAA